AUACAGUACAUACAUACUUAAACCUCUAACAAGUUAAAUAGUUAAAUAAUAAGCAAGUUAAUUUUGUUGUGCAUACACGUAAAGCAGCUGUUGUUGUACUAAACAAAUUUGGUUAGUCUAACUAUAAAAGGUUCAUGAUAUCUACAUAAUAAUGACUGAGUUGAAGCUACUUAAAAAGAUGCAUGCAAAUUGUUACCAAUUUUUUUUUUGAGUUGAGCCAAUGUAUUAUUUUUUAGGGUGUAGAUAGAUAGACUUACCUGUGUUUGGUGCAUGUAGGUGCAUGUAGGUCAGAAUGAUUAGAAUUUAGAAAUUAGUUGUCUAAAAAAAAAUAAGGUAAUGAAGCAAAACAGAAUUUUGGGUUGUUCAAGCCAAUAUAAUAAGAAUUAGAGUGAAGUUCACAUUCCCCAUCCUUUACAUUCAACUCUUUAUGUUCACCUGUCUUUUGUUUAUCCAAAUUCCUAGAAAACCCUGCAGGCUUUAUUCUGUAACUAUGAACACAGAUAUAUCUGUCAUUCAAAUAUGUUCCAAAGAAAAAACACCUAACAACAGCAUCACAUCAACAGCAACACUCUGAUGAACAGCAGAUACUGAGAUUACAUCUGUACCUAAGGAAAUAUGUAAAGUGAUGGGUGGGAUUGAAAGAGGACAGUAAUACUGUAUAAUAAGAGGUUUGUUAAGUUCAUGUGCACAAAGUGAGGUGAAGAACAGAAGAACACUCAUAACACACACCCUGUGUGGAGUACAUGACAUAUAUAGGUUGCUUUACAGAUAUGGUUCACCUCGUUUCAGUGACUCUGCUCUUCUCAGUAGUAUGUGUUACAGGAGCAUAUAUUCCUCAUCGCUAUCACUUUGUGAAUGAGAAUAAAACCUGGAGUGAAGCUCAGACCUACUGCAGAGAGAAAUACACUGAUCUGGCAACCAUCAGCAACAUGGAAGAGAUGAAGAAGCUGAAUCAGACACUGAUGAAGGAAAAUGCAAAGAAAGCUUGGAUUGGUCUACAGAGAGCGGGACCCUGGAGAUGGAUGUGGUCUCUGGAAGACAAAACUUUCUACAGAGACCGAGUCACUUACACACUCUGGCAUUAUGGAGAACCAGAUAAUGCUGGGGGAGUUGAGUAUUGUGUGGGAUAUGAUUACUACACUACAUUAUGGUAUGAUAACGAAUGUGAAACGAGGAAACCUUUUGUAUGUUAUGAAGAAAACACCACAAACACUAAUAAAUAUGUAUAUAUUAGUGAUGAAAAGAGCUGGUACGAUGCUCAGACCUACUGCAGAGAGAAAUACACCGACCUGGUCAGUGUGAGGAACAAGACUGAGAAUGACGAGAUCUGGAGUGUGGUAAAUGUUUCAGUCAGUUCAGGUGCUUGGAUCGGUCUGUUUAAUGACUCCUGGAAUUGGUCAGAUAAGAGUAACUCCACAUUCAGAUACUGGAGAUCUGACAAACCCAGUAGAAGUUUGAUCUGUGCUGCAGUGUCUGAGUCUGAGCAACGUUACUGGACUGAUGUGAACUGCAUAGAAAAACUCCCGUUCAUCUGCCAAGAGAGAGACUUAAAUGAUAAACUGAUCCUGAUUAAGGAGAAUCUGACCUGGUGGGAAGCUCUGACAUACUGCAGGAACCAUCAUCAUGACCUGGUGUCAGUGCGCACCGAGGAGAUGCAGCUCUGGGUGAAGGAAGUGACUCAAAACGCCUCCACUGAACACGUGUGGCUCGGCCUGCGUCACGACUGCGCCCAGCGUGUCUGGUUCUGGGUUGUUGGAUCAAUAAUCUGCUAUCAGAACUGGGCACCAGGGAAUGGGACCUGGAAUGAAGACUGUAGUCAUGAGAAGAGAAGCGGAGCAGUGCAGUCUGGAGGAGAGCAGAAGUGGAUCGAGCUGCCUGAGAGCCAGAAGCUCAACUUCAUCUGCUCUACCUAUGAUGAUUUGUUUUAUUAAACAUGAAGACUGAAGACAAGUUGUGGUCCAUCAUCUGUGUCCAGCAUCAGCUGAUCUACAUUCUUUGUUCUUUCAGUUUAUCAUCAGGAUGUCUGCAUAAUGAAAUGUUGAUGGUUUCUAUAUCUGGGAUUUCUGAGCACUUGUUUCUUUAAUAUGUAAGGAUAUGGAUCGUAAUUACUGCUGCCAGUUUCCAAUCAAAUAAAAGUACAUUUCAAGUUUG